AUGGAUGUUGCUAAAAUUCUUCACAUGAAUGGAGGAAUUGGAGACUCUAGCUAUGCAAAAAAUUCAUUGCUUCAGCAUAAGGUGAUCCUCAUGACAAAGUCAAUAACAGAUGAAGCUAUUUCUGCACUCUACAACAACAUUUUCCCUAGAGAAAUCAUACGCAUUGCGGAUUUAGGCUGUUCAUCUGGACCUAACACUUUUUUGACAAUCAGCGAACUCAUUAAGACAAUCGAUAACGAAAGAAAAAAGAAAUGUCAUAAGUCGUUGGAAAUUCAUAUUUUUUUGAAUGAUCUUCCUAGCAAUGAUUUUAAUACGAUUUUUCGAUCGUUAUCAACAUUCUACGAAGAAGAUUUGAGGAAAUAUGAUAUGGGAAGGGAUGAAUUAUUUGUUGCAGGAGUUGCUGGUUCAUUUUAUACUAGACUUUUCCCUUCUAAUAGUCUACAUAUUAUUCACUCCUCUUAUAGUCUACACUGGCUUUCUCAAGUUCCCGAUGGAAUAGAGAAUAACAAGGGAAAUAUAUACCUAACAAGUACAAGCCCACCAAAUGUGGUUAAAGGUUAUUACGAACAAUAUGAAAGAGAUUUUGUAACAUUUCUAACGUAUCGAUCGAAAGAAUUGGUGAAAAAUGGACGUAUGGUAUUGACUAUGUUGGGGAGAAAAAACAAAGAUCGCUAUAGUAAAGGGUGUUCCUAUGAGUGGGAGCUUUUGGCCAUGACCCUUAAAUUUUUUAUCGCGCAGGGAUCAAUAGACGAAAAGAAAGUGGAUUCAUUCAAUAUUCCUCUAUACAAUCCAUCUCCAAAAGAAGUGACGUAUAUAGUUGAAAAGGAGGGAUCUUUCACCAUUGACAUCUUGAAAACUUCAAAAAUUCAUAGAAAUUCUUGUGAUGGUGAGAAAUAUAAUAUGGUACAAAGUUUUAGAUCUGUGGCUGAACCUUUGCUUGUUAGCCAUUUUGGUCAUGAUGAAUUGAAUAUGGAUCAAGUGUUUCACAAGUAUAACGAAAUAUUUGUGAACGAUUGCAGGGCAAAAGAAAAAAUUAUGUUUGUAAAUGUUAGUGUCUCCUUGUACAAAAGAAAUUAG